AUGCCACGUAAGCUACGUAAGAAUAUACGUAAGAGGAAGGGAGCAUUGAAACAUCCAAAAGUAAAACUGACACCACAACAACAGUUGCAACAACAAAUGCUGAAUGACCCCACUAUGUUGCAACAAAUGUCAAGCAAUCCUAUGCUUUUAAACCGAGUCAUUGGUGCACAGAGUGGAGGUUUAAGAGCGGCACUUUUAGCGAAAAUGGCAGGCUAUGGUGGAGCUGCAGACGGAACAGCCUAUAACCCUCAAAGUCAAAUGAAUUUGAGUUCACUCAAAAAUCAAAUAUCAGAUGUCAAAAAGUCAAACAUAGACAUACAGAAGCAAAUAAGUGAAAACGAAAAGAAACUAGAAUAUGACAGACACACAAAGAAACUCAAUGAGUUAAACGUAGAGAAAAAGAAGAAAGAAGAACAACUGAAAGAACUAAGUACAGAGGAAUAUGCGAAAAAAGUGUCAGAAAAAGCAGCAGAAGUAGCAAAAAUGGAACAAGAUGUCAUAAAUUUGAAAAACCAUACUACUCGAUAUAAAGUACUGAAAGAUGAAGAGAUAAAACAAAAAGCCCUGAAGACAUAUAUGGAUAGCGAUGAGUAUAAAAAAGAAGUUGAAGCAAAUGUAAAGGCAGAAAAACUUUUACAGUUGCAAAACCAAACCGUACAGUAUGAAAACUUAGCACAAGAAAGUAAAAAUAACGACGCGGCUAUGCAAAAGGCAAUGAAAAGCUCAGAAUAUAUAAAAGCUAACAAUGACUGGUUAGAUGCCCAAGCCAACGCUAAAGCAGCCCAGCUUAUAGGGUCAAUAAGGACAAAAAUACAAGCGGAUGAAGACAGUUCAAAUGAAGCUUUAACAAAUGCUGACUUUAAGAACGCCUUCGAAGCUCUUCAUAGUAAGGUGAAACAAGUGAACGACUUCUCAUCUGGAAAGAAACUGAAGUCUGAAGGUUUCGACAAAGAGUUAAGAGAAGUAGCACAAAAUAUGACGAAAAUAACAGAUGCAGCAACGAGACAGGCAGUUCAAAGUGCCUAUGACGCCGUUAGAGCAACUGUUGUGAAAAGUCAAGAAAAAGAGUUACAACAGACCAAAACAGACCUAGUAAAUGCUUUCUUAAAAACGAAAAGUCAGGUAGGACAUUACGCUGCAGAUGGAACAUAUGUGCCAGCUGGUGGAACUUAUAUACCACCAAACCCUCCAAGAGAAGCACCUGCACCAGGACUACCUAAAACAUUUACAUCGUCACAUGGACACAGACACAGGCAUGCACAACAACCACCUCCACAACCAGCACAGCAACCAACAGUUCAGAACCCUGCACAACAACCAACAGUUCAAAACCCUGCACAACAACCACCUCCACAAACAGAGCAAGGACAUAAAAGAAGUAGAGAACAAGGAAACCAAGAAUUCUUAAAAAUGCUUAAAGAAGAGUGUGGUUUCCCAGAUACUGUUGACUUUAGUGACAGAUAUAAAGAAGCUAUUGGAAAGUUCAAGGAUGGAAAUACUGACCCGAACCUAUUUAGCUUUAUGGCUCAGCACCAAAACGGAUAUAAUCUCAAACCUGGAAAAUACAAGCUCGCUAAGGGAUAUGAUUUAAUAGCAUAUCAUCCAAAUGACAUGGAUGAAUUUACUCCGAGAUAUUUGAUGUCAGAGCUAAAUGACAAUUCAACUUUCGUCAUGAAACGCGUAAAAAAUAGAGACGGAACGAAAGAACAAAAGCUUAUGAAUGCGGAUGACGUAGAUAGGGAAAUUGUUGAAAACGGUCUCGGAAUAUAUGAAAUGCCAGCAGAUGAGGUACAAGAAACUCCACAGGAAGAAGUUCAGAUACAACCAGACAUGGAAGAAAUAGUUCAGCAACAACAGCUAGAAGAGCCUGAAGGAAACGAACAAGUCCUUCCUUUGGAAACUAACUUCACAGAACUAGAUGAAGAUUUGGAACAGCCGAAAAAUCUUGACCCUCAACAAGAGUAUGCGGAGAAUAUGGAAUAUUUCCAAGAGUCUAAAAAAAAUUCGGCUGACAUAGUAGAAGAAUAUCGAAAAAUGUUUGCCGACAUACAAAAGACUCCAACAUCAGAUGAAAAUAUCCAGCAUAGAAUGGAAGAACUGAAAAAAAAUGUACGCAAAUACAACAAUCCUUUUUACUUACGAGCAUUUAACGUUCAAUCUUCGGAUGAACUCGGUGAAAAUAAAAGGUUAAAUUUCAAGAAAACAUAUAGAAAUGAAACAUUGUUUAAAGUUCAUUCAGAACCUAACCAAGAUGGAAACAAACCUACUUUUGUUUCUGCAGACGAUGGAACUACAAUGAGAUGGGGUCAUAAAGCUAAUCCGGAUAGGUGGUUCAUAAACUUACAACCUCAAUUCCAAGAAGUUGUAGACGCAAUGGAAGCGAAUGGUGAACGAGAUAUAGCUGGUAUUUUCAGCGCGGCUUUAAUGCCAUUGAAAGAUAUGAAACAUGCAGAUAUUUUGGACCAGUAUGAAAUGAACAUGGCUGAUGGAAAUAUAACACCUGACGUUCUAGAACAUUUAUCUCAAAGAACUACACAGAACCAUAGAGAUGGUAUAUUUGGUGAAGAGUUUAGAAAGAAAGUUAGGGAGAGCGAAGGAAGAGAACCUAUUGUACAUGACCUUGCAAACGAAA